AUGGUCGGCACUCUCGAAUCGCGCAGUACAGCCUUACAAGUUGUAGAAGCCGGAGCAAUGAUUGCAUUAAAUAUCAUUUCGCUUUUGGGCAACAUUCUAGUUUGUUUGUCGGUUUACAGAAAUAACAGGCUCCGCACCACAACAAAUCUGUACAUCAUUGCAUUGGCUGUAACUGACUUGAUAGCUGCAACUCUCGUCAUGCCUCCAGCGACUGGAGUUCUUAUCACAGGAAGAUGGCCUUUUGGUGAAACGGCUUGUCAAAUACACGCUUACUGCGGUCUUUUUGCGGUGUAUGUUUCGCCUGUAACGAUGGGUCUUACUGCACUUAAUAGAUACACAAGAAUAUGCAAAUCAGAUCAGCAAUAUAAUCUAUUCUUUUCGAAGAAAAAAUCUCUUAUUUUUCUUGGAUUUUCCUGGACCUUUGUUGCUCUCUGCAUUUUAAUCCCUCGUCUUACUGGUCUACAAGAAUUCUAUUUUGUGCCGAGCUAUGCAGUUUGCUUAAACAGGCAGAUGAGUGAUCUAGGAAAAAUACUACACUACAUCGUCGUUCUUGGCUCGUUUUUCGCACUUCCACUAGCAGUAACAAUAUUCAGCUACAGAAAAGUGUUAAAAAAGAUUCGGGAACACAAUACUGGAACGGCCCGAAACCUUGGAACAAACAACCACGAGACAGUCACAACAAAAGAAAUUCGACUAAGCAAGUCUCUGUUUGUUGUCGUCUUUGCCUUCAUGUUGUGUUGGGUACCCGCUUGGGUCAUCACCAUCCUGACGAGAUUGUUGUUUGGAAAUAAAAUGCCUCGCAAUGUUCAGUUACUUUGCACUUUUUCCUUAAAUAUUUCGAACGCUGUUAAUCCCUUUAUUUAUGCUGGAAUGAAUCCUGUGUUUAGAAGAGAGUUUCGAAGAUUACUCGUAUGUAGAUUUGGCGGAGAGAAAGUCGACAAUCAUCAAUUAGAAGACCAGCCACCUCGUGGAUAACUGGCCCGACAGACCCCUGCAUUUAUGGUUCCAGCGAUCCCGAGAACACUUGAUCGGAGACUUAGUAACCACAACGAGACAGCGGAAGAGGAGAUGGAAAGCAUCCAGUUCCAAGCAAUCAAGGAUGAAAAGGUCGGAUGAAAAGAUGCCAGUGACCGAAGCAAUAAUCUCUUUAGCUUAAGUUUCAUUCAGUUUAUGGUGGUCUUAAGUAAAACAGCCUGUCAUCAUUGUUAACGGACGCCAUUCACCUAUAAAACGCAAUUUGCUUCAGUCAAACAGACAAUGCCAAGUCUUAUUUUCCCAGUACAAAUACUUCCGUCUUCUGCAGGCAGGUCCGCUUUUGGUUGGGUUAUGCCUCUAAAUUAUUGAUCAUCUUUGUGCACUUUUUUCUUUAUGUAGACUGAUAACUGAAUUAAGUUAUAAUCAGCAGGCAUUCGAAUAAAGCAUAGAGCAACGAGGUGGAAAGUCAAGAUAAAACCUCUUGCAGGCCGUCCAGUUAACCUGUAACGAAGUUGCAGAAAAAAGUAAAAAAAAUUGACUUAAUUGGAGCAGAAGUAACUGGUCGAAAUUGACCGGCCGGGUGUAGCUGUGCAUUAAGAGCCUAUCACUAGCCUAUCACUAGCCGGACCUAAACCCACGUCUGAAUGUUUUCGUACACUAAAAACUCAAUCUAAGUCAUAUUAUGAGACCUAAAUACGUAUAGUUAAACGAAGUUAGUUAACACAUUUAUAAUGAGGUAAACAUCCCUCACUAAGGCUAGCGUAUAUGUUGUAGUUAAUUUUUUAUCUCAGGUAAUUUUUGUUUUUCUUUCGUUUUUGGGUAUGGUAAUGUAUGCUUAUGAAGUUGAAACAAAACAAGAAGAAAAAUUACCUGAUAUAAAAAAAAAACUUCACCAUAUAUGUUUUGAUAUUCAGGUACAAAACACUGAAUACAUGAUCUGUGGGAGCAAAUCGGGUUAACAUGUUGAAAUUAUAGUGAAAGAAUUAUAAUAUGAAGAAGUGUCUCCAUACCGAGCGACCAAUAUUACUAACAUUAAAAAUGUUUAAAAAUGUUAAACAAACUUAAUUUGUCGUUUUCUUUCUCAUGGUCAGCAGCUAUGCAAAUUUCUUGGAACAUAUUAAGAAAUUUUGCGCAUGAGUAAAGAGUUCUAUCCCCACAGGUCCCCACAGGAUCUUUUUUGUACACCAAUAUGGCCGCCGUGACGUCAUGUAAAAUCGAUCUCUAUACGCCGCAUUCAAAUUGUAUUAUAAAAAAAAUCAGUUAGAUGUUUAGAAACAAUCAAGCAGUGUUUAAUCAAACAUACUGAAAAAUGAUAGAAGGAGUGCAUUCGUGCAAUUUCACGGAAUAUGAAUAUUAUUCUCUUUGUUAGUUUAUCAUUUCAAUUCAAACUUAUGUGUUAUACGCAGCAGUUGAAAUAUUUCCUUAAAGUUAUCGAUUAAAAAACAGCAAAUAAAUUUUCAAAAAGAGGCUAAAUUGAAGGGAAGGAUAUUAUGUGUGCAUGCGAGUGGAAUAAUCUUGAUUGUUCGUCAGAUGAUGAAGCAAGUGCGUUUACUUAACGUUAUCACUCAGAAUGGGAGACUUCGGCAGGAAACACGAAAUGUUCCCGACAGGGGAACUAGCUUUUUUUAUUAAUGGUGGUUAUUAAAUCCUAAAGCAAUGAUUACACUGAAUAUUGUGUAAUUUCUGUGCAACAUACUAGUUCUUCCGUCUGUUUACAGUAAUAACAGGCUCUUCAUUUACAUCAUUGCAACUAUCUUCGUGCCUCUAGCUACUGGAGUAUAGUAAUAACUAGCAGUUGGCCUUUUAACGUCAUUUUGCAAAUAGACAAUAAUUAUAAACAUUAGAAGUCGCUUUAAAUUGUACCUGCUAAAUCCCAGGACGCUGUUAAUGUACAACUACCCUUAAAAAGGUAGUACAACCUCUAUGUUCACGCAGUUUUACUUUACUUUUCUUUUCUAUAACUGGGGUGCCAUAUUUUCACCCCCUUUUUAGUAUUGAACAAAGCUCCAAUUUUAAUUUAGAACAGAACCUUCGCGACAAACACUGCUGUGAUCCUAUCCCUCGCCGUUUAAUUAAAUUUUUUGAACGUAGACGGUAAACAGAUCUUGUGAAGUUAACUUUUCAAUGGCGCCUAAACUUUCUCCCCUCCAUUGUCACUUUUGCAAAUGAGACGACCACGUAGAAGUUAAGAUUCAUUAGCGUAAAACAAAUUUAGAUGUUUAGAAAAAACCAAGCAGUGUUUUAUGAUUAAACAUAAUGAAACCGAACCGAAAUAUAUUCUGUUAAGUUAGUCGAUGAUUGAAAUUAAAACUAUUGUGUUCUACGCAGCCGUCAAAAGGUACUCUUAAAAUAAUCCGACUGAGAGACUGCUAAGCUACUUUCGAAAAAGACAAACAAUGAACGUAAGAAAAGAAAAAAAAAGUUGGAAAAGAUGGGGUGAUAGUGCGCUUGUAGAAUAAACGUCGCUAAUAGGUAAUAAGAUGAAGCAGGUGUGUUAACAAAAUUCAUAUGAAGAAAUAAAUUAUUCUUCUCUAUGUUUAUAUUAUUAUGAAAGUUGUCACUCCUAAUGGGAAAAAAACGUGAUAUUAGUCUUUGGGAAAUCGCAUUUAACGGUGGUAUUGAAAGCUUUUCACCAUUUGCAUUGGGAUUACCAACAGAUAAACGUUAUCGCCAUCUCAUUUCGGCAGCCGUUGAAAUUGUGGACAUUGAAAACGUUUACAAAGAUCAAGUUCAAGAAUGGUUGGCACUCUCGAAUCUCGCAGUACAGCCAUAAAAGUUGUAGAAGCUGGAGCAAUGAUUGCAUUAAAUAUUGCGUCGCUCUUAGGUAACAUCUUAGUUUGUCUGUCGGUUUACAGAAAUAACAGGCUCCGCACCACAACAAAUCUGUACAUCAUUGCAUUGGCUGUAACUGACUUGAUAGCUGCAACUCUGGUCAUGCCUCCAGCGACUGGAGUUCUUAUCACAGGAAGAUGGCCUUUUGGUGAAACGGCUUGUCAAAUACACGCUUUUUUCAGUCUUUUUGCAGUGUAUGUUUCGCCUGUAACGAUGGGUCUUACUGCACUUAAUAGAUACACAAGAAUAUGCAAAUCAGAUCCACAAUAUAAUUUGUACUUUUCGAAGAAAAAAUCUCGUGUUUUUCUAGGAUCUAGCUGGACAUUUGUAGCUCUCUACAUUUUAAUACCACGUGUGACUGGUCUGCAAGAUUUUCAUUUUGUGCCAAGCUAUGCAGCUUGUUUGAACAGACACUUGUCGACGAGUAAUUUUGGAAAAAUUGUUCACUACUUUGUCGUUCUCGGCUUGUUUUUCGCACUUCCACUAGCAGUAACAAUAUUCAGCUACAGAAAAGUGUUAAAAAAGAUUCGGGAACACAAUACUGGAACUGUGCAAAGUCUACGAAUGAACAACAACAAGACAGUCACCUCAAACGAAAUUCGACUAAGCAAGUCCCUUUUUGUUGUCGUCUUUGCCUUCAUGUUGUGUUGGGUACCCGCUUGGGUCAUCACCAUCCUGACGAGAUUGGUUUUUGGAAAUAAAAUCCCUCGCAAUGUUCAGUUACUUUGCACAUUUUUCUUAAAUAUUUCCAACGCCAUUAAUCCCUUUAUUUAUGCAGGAAUGAACCCAAUAUUUAGAAGGGAGUUUCGAAAAUUACUUGGAUGUAAAUUUGGAGUGAGAAUCGAGAGUAGUUUAAGUCGACAAUCAUCAAGUAGAAGACCAGCCACUUCAUGGAUAAGCAGUAACCACAACAUAACUGACAAAACUGGGGAUGAGCAGAUGGAAAGCCUUGAUUGUUAA